CCCGCACUUCUGCUUCUGACCCAGACUCAGACAGAGCUCGCCAUGGUGCUGUCCGGGACCGACAAGUCCAACAUCAAGGCCGCCUGGGACAAGGUGGGCGCCCACGCCGGCGAGUACGGCGCCGAGGCCCUGGAGAGGACCUUCACGUCCUUCCCCACCACCAAGACCUACUUCCCCCACUUCGACCUGAGCCACGGCUCCGCCCAGGUGAAAGCCCACGGCAAGAAGGUGGCCGACGCGCUCACCAACGCCGUGGGCCACCUGGACGACCUGCCCGGCGCCAUGUCCGCCCUGAGCGACCUGCACGCGCACAAGCUGCGUGUGGACCCCGUCAACUUCAAGCUCCUGAGCCACUGCCUGCUGGUGACCCUGGCCUGCCACCACCCCAACGACUUCACCCCUGCUGUCCACGCCUCCCUGGACAAGUUCUUGGCCACCGUGAGCACCGUGCUGACCUCCAAGUACCGUUAAGCCGGAGCCAGGCGCCCCGGCGCCCCCCACUUCCUGCCCUUGAAUAAAGUCUGAGCGGCGCAGUCCGUGCCUGGGGUGUCUGUGUCCGCGAC